AUGGCACUUAUUGGAGAAUCCGUUGUAAAUACGAAAAUCAAUCAUUACGAUGACAAGGUGCACGACCCUGAGUUGAACAAGAUUGAGACAUGCUCGGAUGGGCAGCAGUUGUCUUCUCUAGAGCAUGCUGGCACCAAACGCAACAUCAAGUCCCGACACGCUCAGAUGAUCGCUAUAGGCGGCACAAUCGGCACAGGGCUUUUCGUGGGUAGUGGACAAGCUCUCGCCACAGGGGGCCCAGCUUUCCUUUUCGUCGCAUACUGCAUCAUCUCCAUCCUGGUAUAUGGUGUGGUGACAGCUGUGGUUGAAGUCUGCACGUUUCUACCUAUCUCCGGUAGCUCUAUGGCGUAUUUCGGUGGCCGGUUUAUCUCACCCUCUCUUGGAUUCGCCCUGGGCUGGCUCUAUUUCUACUCAUUUGGAAUCAUCGCAGCCUACGAGAUUACUGCGGCGACGAUUGUCAUUGAUUAUUGGCCCAACAAUGUCCCUGUUGCAGUGUGGAUCACCAUAAUGCUAAUCAUCAUCGUUGGUCUGAACCUCUGUCCAGUCGGCGUCUUUGCUGAGACGGAGUUCUGGUUUGCAGGUACUAAAGUGGUCAUGAUCAUUGGCCUCCUGAUCCUUUCGUUUAUUCUGAUGGUUGGGGGAGGACCGUCCCACGAACGGCUGGGCUUUCGGUAUUGGAAUGACCCAGGAGCAACCAAGACAUAUAUUCUCGACGGCCCAGGCGGCCGCUUUACCGCCUUUCUUUAUACCUGGGUCUUCUCUGGCUUUUCCUUUUACUUUGGCCCUGAAUUAAUCGUCUUCACAGCCGGUGAGAUGAGAAAUUCACGCAAGAACCUUCCUAUCGCCGCCAAGCGCUUUUUCUAUCGCUUGAUUAUCUUUUAUAUCCUUGGAUCCCUUGCGAUCGGAGCUAUUUGCGAUUCCAACUCCGAAGGACUCACAUCAGGGCAAGGGAACGCAAACGCCUCGCCCUGGGUCAUCGCUAUCCGGAAUUCAGGCAUCUCGGUUCUCCCUUCGAUCAUCAAUGUUGGUAUUCUUAUCAGCGCCUGGUCAUCUGGAAACUCGUUUCUGUACAUGUCCAGCCGAGCACUUUACUCUCUGGCUAUCGCAGGGAACGCUCCGGGGAUCUUUAAGAGGUGCACAAAGUACGGAGUACCUCUUCCCGCAGUCAUAGCUAGCAGCCUUUUCUGUCUCCUGGGUUAUCUCAGCGUUGGAUCGUCCGCGGGCGUGGCCUUUAAUUGGCUCAUCAGCUUAACAAAUACCGCAGGUUUCACCUCAUGGGCUGUCUGCUGCGUCAUCCUUAUACGCUUUCGUAAAGCGUGUCAAAUUCAGGUGAUUGCUGUCCCAUAUCAAUCACGUUUUCAGCCUUAUGCAGCCUGGGUUUGUUUGUUCUUUUUCACCUUUUUGUUGCUGGUAAAUGGCUUUAUUGUGUUCUACCCUGGAAGAUUUACACCCAGUGGAUUCCUCACAACAUAUCUCGGAAUUCCAAUAUUCUUGCUCUUAUGGGUAGGCCACAAAUUGAUAUUGGGAAGGAAAGAUGCCUGGAUGUAUAAGCCUGAGGAUGUGGAUCUCAGAUCAAAUCUGGCCGAGGUCGAGGCAGAUGCUGAGACUUGGGCUGCCAAAGAAUUGGCUCAGGCGGACGAGGCGUCGAGUGGCAAGGGCUUGUGGAACCGAAUCUCCGUUAUUUGGGGGUGA